ACACACGCAGCUACACACGUUUGCUUACGAAUGUUGCGCGGCCUAUUGGAUGCGAACAAACUUUCUCAAAGGUUUUUCUAAUCGUAGUUGCCGGCCUAGACUAUCUCGAGUGUUUUGAUUGGUUUUAUAAACUUUACGAAAUGUCGAUGCUUCUUGUGAAUUAGCUGUGAACGGAUUGCGGUGCUGUGUUUCUAGAUUUUAAGAAGUCCUACAAGCGUACAAACGAACCAAUUCCAAGAAACGGGUUCCACUCGCCCUGCUCGAAUUUUCUUCUACGUUCAGCUUUGUCCAGAUGCUGGUUCUUAGUUUGUCAGCACAAUGACCGCAAAGUUUGUACUGUUGGUAGUCUUGUGGAUGUGCAGUCUAGAUGAAAUCUUGGCUCUUGGAUGGAUCUUUCCCAAGGAGCCCAUCUAUCGUGAGGUGAACGAUUCAUUUCGGUUGCAAUGCAUGCUUGAUAUGACGGCUAAAGAUGCCAAUGGAUCCAAUAGCAACGAUCUAAUGUUCUACCGCGCGGAUGAAAUUGUACCGAGAGAUCAAGUGAAGAUUCUUAAUGAAACAACAAUUGAGCUGACCGUUGAUCAUGCUGUGCCAUCGCAAGAUUAUAUGUACAUCUGCAAACUAAAUGGUACCAAAGGUGUAGAUUUGCGCAGUGUCUACAUUGGUCACAAGCCAAAGCCUAUCAGGGAUUUCCGGUGCCGGGCACCAUCAUGGAAACAAAUGAACUGCACCUUUACACCGGAACUCAAUGGAGUAUCAACUCAAUAUGGACUCAAUUACAAGCUUGACCCCGUGCUGACAAACUACACGUGCGAAUUGCAGCAAGUGCCGAAUAGUCCGCUAAAGCAGUGCAUCAUUACCAUAGGCUAUGGAUAUCGGGCCGUGUCCGAAAUCUACCACUUCACGCUUUCUGCGACCAACAGGCUCGGAACGCAGGUCCAAGAGUUCAAGAUUAACAACUUCGACGUUGUGGUGCCGGAUCAACCCACCCGAUGUUCUAUCGUAAACUCAACAAUCACGUCCCACAGUGCAGUACUUGAAUGGAGAGUGCUGAGCAAGUACGAAAACUUUAAACGAAGCUUACGGUUUGAGGUGAAACUGCUUUCAAUGUUUCACAAUCAACAGUGGCAGCUCAUGGAUACUGCCAAGAUACACCAUUCUAAGAACGCUUAUCAGUUGUUACUUAGUCACCUAUCGUACGCGGAUACGCGAUACGAUGUGCGUAUUCGCAUGCGUACAAAUUCGACCGUUGAAGACGACGAUAUGUGGUCCAACUACACAAGCUGCUUGUUCAAAACACUGUCCCGUCAACCGGACAAUCCGCCGGACGUUGCAGAUGGCAUUUUUGAAAACGCGUACGAUCAUUUGUUCCUCUACUGGCGUGAACUGCACGAAUGGCAGCACAAUGCACGCACCGGAUUCUACUACAAUAUCACGAAACUAGGACCUAAUGGGCAGAUUAUUGAACAUCUCAAUCGAACAAGGGGUAUGAUACAAAUGCGAAAUAUCGAGGAUCAGAACUUUACGUUCAUCAUACACAGCGCAAACGGGGAAGGGCUUUCGGCUAAAAGUAGUGUCAUUUUCGUGCCUAGCAAACGGCACCGCCCUGAGAAACCGGAAGUCGACAAGCUGCUGUCGGACUCGGGCAAAUUUACGCUCUCCUGGAAGCGUCCCUCGGCACGUUCACCGUACACCAUCACCAGCUACACGGUGUUUUGGUGCAACACGACCAGCAAUUCACCGAAUGAUUGUCAUGGUUCGAUCAACUUCACUACGGUCGCCGCCAACAGUACAUCGUUCGAGCUGAGCGGUGCUGGAUCGACGCUUAACUUUGCUGUGGCCGCCAACGCUGGCACCGUUUCGUCCGGUAUGGUGUGGGCCGCUUGCACUGCCACCCACAAAACCGACAUCGGGAAGCUGAAAACGCUCUGGAUCACGGAAAUGCUGGCAACAUACAUAAACCUUAAAUGGAAGCCCGAGUGCGGUGAUGUAGCGCACACUGGAUAUCUUAUCUAUUACUGUCCAAUCAGUGCGCCACGAACGCUGAGCUGCAAGGAACCGGAAAUGUCUAUUAAUGUGACUGACAAAAGUCUGUAUUACACCAGACUAGAUAACUUGAAGCCAUACGUGACAUACAAAAUACAGAUCGCGAUGUACUCGGAGACGCAUAUCGGACCCCGUUCCGAACCAUUGGUUAACACUACCCGAGAGGCAGCACCUUCGCCACCGCGUGAGCUAACAUUGCGAUCGGUUACAAACGAUAGCAUCACUCUAUUCUGGAAGGCUCCGGAGCAUAUCAACAGCGGUAAAAUGAGCUACGAAAUUCAGUACAACAACGAUACGCUUCGAUACUCCGUUGAAGACCCAAACACGGACGUGGUGACAACGGUACCGGCGCUGAACGCCUUCACGCUCUACAAUAUCUCCGUCAGGGCGUUGACAAUCGGUUAUUCCAACGCGAGUGAGCAGCUAACAGUGCGCACACGCGUAGGGCGCCCGGAAAAGGUCGCGCAGCUCAGUAGCACGGUCAACGGUGACUCUAAUCUCGUGAUAAGUUGGCGUAAACCUAGCGAUACGGCCGGAUGCGUCGAAUUCUAUGAGCUGAAACUGAAAACCGAGCAAACCGUCAUCUAUAAGCACCGGGGGAAUGAAUGCCAGCUGAGGCAGGAGAACUGCAAAUAUGCUGGCACUAAAUCGUAUCAAUUUCUCGUCCGUGCCGUCAACGUGAUCAGAAACGACUCCAAGUUUGAGGAUCUGGCAUGCGACGAAAGGUGGUCGGAACUGCAAAACCGAUGGCCAAAUCUCGUCACACAAAGCACCGAGUGCGACGGGGGAGGAAUGGACAGUCGAGCUACCAGCUUCACUAAGCUCGAAGGAUUUGAGCUGGUUUAUGGCCCUUGGUCAGACCCGCUUGCCUCAUGGUGUACCAAGGAAGACAAUCUUUCAUUGAAAUCGGCGAUUUCAAUUGUGGUGUUGGUUGGCAUAUUUUUGACGCUUUUGUUCUCCUUCUUCAAAAUGAAGCAUAUCUGCCAGGUAAAGGUGAUUAUACCAGAUGGCUUAAACGAUAAAUCAAACUCCGGAAAGCCGGACAUUCUCGGUUCGGCGGGUGGUCGCAUUAUUUUCAUUGAUCAAUCAUCCAACCACACGUCAAGUAUCGGUUCGCUGAAGAAAGAGAUUUAUGGCAAGGAACAAAAUCAAUGUCUGCUACAAUCGUCCUCCUCCUCGGGGUGUGGCGAGAGCGUUGGUGAUCUGAGUGGUCAUGAUCAGCGAUCGUCGUUAGAGUACUUCAGUAACGGUGGAGCCUUCGAAGACGAUAGCACGAGUUUUUACGAUCAGGAAGCCGAACGCCAGGAUUUGAAUGGGUUCAGCGAUGAGCCAUCCGAUAUGAUUGAUAGUCAAAUGGAUAGCACUGACGGUGUAACUGACUUUGACGCCAACGGGGAAAACCGAUCACCGGACUCUCCUAUACUAGCUGAGGUGAAACCGAAACCCUGUACGGCGGCGCUGCCUUUGACUGUUACUUCUGGCUACGUUCCAGCACCGGUAGCGGUUAAUCCCACAAGACCGCCCGUCAGCUCUUCCGGAUACUUGCAGCUCAGUACACUGGUGAACGGUGGAGGCAUGAUGAUGUCGUCAGACGUAUUCUCAAAAUCAGCUAACGCGAAAAUGGCAGCUACACCGAUAUCAGGAUAUGUUACACAUAAGCAACUUUCAGCCUAUGGACAGCACUUAAAUUAAAAGGGAGGGAGGAGCUCCUACUAGAAACGUAAUCGCCAGAGAAAGGAACUACAGGGGAUCACUAUGAUCGCACCAUGACUGCACUGGAUUAGGCGGUUACCGGGCUCUAAAGUUUCAUGUUUUCACUGGAACGUAGACUGUGGAACGUGUGAAAAACCGAUCGAAUGUUAGUUAAGCUAAAUGGGAGCAAAAUGUUAUCACUGAAAAGGCUGCGCUAUUCUAGCUAUUACUGCACAGCAUGCAAGGCCCUAUGUUACUGUCGCUGAUACUACUACUACUACUACUACACGCAACCACAUAUUUGUUCCUAUGGAUGUAGCCAACACCUUGCUGGUGAGUUCUCAUCGCCACCAGUAUUUUAUUGUGCCAUUCCUGUUGUAGGAGUUAAACAACAGCAGGUGCAUGAAAUGAAGUUGACCCUCCCAACUAGUACAGGAUUGGCACCUCUUUGUUUGUACCUGCUUGACAGUUUGCUACUAGCACUCAAGUGUCUCUUUCACCAAGGUGAUGGUGUCACCUUUUUUAGUACUUUGUAAUCAAGUGUGUAAUAUCUGAAUGUUCUAUAUCGUACAAGAUAUAGAUUGGUGUUACAAUUGCCCUGAAUCUUUCCAAUGCCGCUUCACACCUUCCGUUCUCGACCCGUUGCACAGGCCAUUGAUUCCCUUAUUAUGUUAAGGAAGUGUAUUACGUUUAAGAAAAAGGAUUAUAGUAUUAUUAAUAAAACAAUGAACAAUUUUGAUCCUUCCUUCCCAA